GACUUCGGUGAUGGCUAACGUGAACUAGCUCGCUGUGACAACUACAGUGACACCGGUCGGGGUGAUCCACCGACAGCUGCAACCGAUCCUCCGGUAAUCCGGCACAUAAAGAGAAAAGUCCGACCCCAGCCACCCACAGAGGGGUCCUGUCUGUCGGCUUGAACAGCCCUCACCGCCCCCUCGGACUACCCGCGGCUGUCGUCCUUUAAUCGGCCAGGUAUUGUCCAGCCUCACCCGGCCCCACUGUGGAUCUUUAGCCCCUCCGGCAGGACAGUGGCAGAGGCAGAGCCAGAGCCAUCGGGGACCAGAUCAGCAGGCAGCAGGGCUCCAUGAGUACGACGGGGCAGCAGCAAGGGGGGGGCUUGCGUUCUCGCCGAAGCCUUGCCCGGGACAAGGACCCUGGGCAGGGCAUGGGCAUGGAGGCGGCCUGCUGGCUGGCCCCCGGAGUGCUGCGCAGGCUGAUCGAGCUGCCCUCGCCCCCCCUGUCCCGACACCAGCUCAAGAGACUGGAGGAGCACAGGUACAGCAGUGCUGGACGCUCCCUACUGGAGCCUCUGAUGCAGCGUUACUGGGAAUGGUUGGUGGGAAGAGUCCCCUCCUGGAUCGCCCCCAACCUCAUCACCAUCAUCGGCCUGGCAACCAACGUCUUCACCACCCUCGUGCUCAUCUACUACUGCCCAACUGCCACUGAACAGGCUCCUCUCUGGGCGUACCUGCUAUGUGCUGUGGGUCUGUUUGUCUACCAGUCAUUGGACGCCAUCGACGGGAAGCAAGCCAGACGCACCAAUAGCAGCUCUCCGCUGGGCGAGCUGUUUGACCACGGCUGUGACUCCCUCUCCACUGUGUUCGUAGUGUUGGGAACCAGUAUAGCCGUGCAGAUGGGUACGAACCCGGACUGGAUGUUCUUCUGCUGCUUCGCCGGGAUGUUUAUGUUCUACUGUGCCCACUGGCAAACAUACGUGUCAGGAACACUGCGCUUCGGCAUAUUUGACAUAACAGAAGUGCAGAUCUGUCUAGCAGGAUUACAGAUGCUCACAGCCACUGUCGGUCCCUGCCUGUGGAACAUGAUGAUUCCGAUCCUAAAUAUCCAGAUGAAAAUGGUUCCUGCCAUCUGCACUUUUUUAGGAGCCAUCUUCUCCUGCACCAAUUACUUCAGAGUUAUUUUUACGGGAGGUGUGGGCAAAAACGGAUCCACAAUAGCAGGAACCAGCGUCCUCUCUCCAGUCUUACAUAUUGGUUCCGUUAUAAUUUUGGCGAUGAUGAUAUACAAGAAGUCUGCUGUUCAGCUCUUUGAGAAACAUCCGUGUCUUUAUAUCCUGGCGUUUGGCUUCGUCUCGGCGAAAAUCACCAAUAAAUUAGUUGUAGCACAUAUGACAAAAAGUGAGAUGCAUCUCCAUGAUUUAGCCUUCCUGGGACCAGGACUACUGUUCCUGGAUCAGUAUUUCAAUAGUUUUAUCGACGAGUACCUGGUGCUGUGGAUUGCAUUGAUCAUUUCCUUUUUUGACUUGGUGCGUUACUGUGUCAGUGUUUGCAACCAGAUUGCCUGCCAUCUUCACAUUUUCGUUUUCAAAAUCAAGCCUUGUUCAGUGCUCAGUUCAGCUCCUCACUGAGGACACGCCGGCCAUUACUGACUCUGUCCCUUCCUGUUAGUCGCACUCAUCUUUUCUUCCCUCUGUUUUCCACGUAGAGAUGCAGGGGAUGACGUGGUGUAACGUACGUGCUUCUGCCAACUGAAUGUGAGGACAAAUAAUAUAUAUUAAGAUACUGGAGUAUUACUGUCAUUGUUUUCUCUUUUUUUUUUUCUCACCAGUGCAGAAUUGAAUUUGUACCAGUUUAAUCUUCUGCCCCAGUAAUAAUAAUAAUAAUAAUAAUAAUAAUAAUAAUAAUAAUAAUAUCUUCUGACAAACUCAUGGUUACACAGCAAAUAUUUCAGGAGAGUACAGGUGCUACUCAGUAUGUUCAAGGAGAGAAACUUAAGUGUGUUUUAACUGUUCUUGUGCAAAGAAAAUGUAUUGGAAAUGAAUCAAACUCUUUGCUUUUCAUGGUUAUAAUUUUUGUAAUAUUUGCAUAACUUUCACCUUUUUGCUAUUGUAAAUACCAAACUGUUACGGUGUCUGUGCUUCUCUUUUAAGUUAAAAAUCCUGCUUUGACACAUUUAUAAACCUUUUUUUUUUUCUUCAUGUAUAUGAUUUUAAAACAACUUUAUCUUCUGCACAUUACUGAGAACUGUGCAGCUGUUUCACAUCAGCAAAAUGCGGUUUUGGAGGAAACUUAAUGUCGACUUUGUUCCACUUUUCUGUUACAUAUCAGAAUAUUCACUGCCAAUGUUAACUGAAAUCACUCGUUUCUGCACAUGGGAUGUUUUUGGGUGUUAUUCAAGUCUGGGUUGUGUGUGCGUGUGUGUGUGUGUGUGUGUGUGUGUGCGUGCUUAUUGUCACAUGUAAUGUUAUUUGCUAUUCAUUAUGAAGUUUAUAGUUUGGCUAAUGCUUCUUGGAGUUUGGCUUCCUCUACACUUUUUAUUCUUUUCAUUGUAAAUAGAUUAGGACACGUCAUGCACAAGAGGGAGAGACACGAUAGCCAAAAUCUGAACUAUUCACGUAUUAAAUGUCUAAACUCAAAGGUCCACUUACUAGCGUUAAGAGCUAUGCAGAUGAAAAGUACAGAAGCUAGCAAGUAGGCCUUUUGAGUUCGAGAACAAAGCUCACGUUUUAAAUGAAUCAAUACUCCGAUCAGAUCAGAGCGACAGAUCACUCCGCCAGCUGUCUGUCUGCUUUCUGUUACUUCUCGUUCCUCUUCUACCACCAACAAAUCCAGUGAAAGGACCAAAACCAACAAUGUUUUAGUUUGUCUCUUAAUGGUUUCUGACUUCCCGACUCAUUGGUUCCGACUCUCAGUAAUUUCCUAAGACAUCGGGUUACUGUAGGUUUUAGCAAACAUUAUUCAAUCAGGAAGAAAUAAUGCAAUUGUUGGGGACUAUUUUCAGCAGUGGAUUAAUCCACUUUUUUUUUUUUGUUCUACUGGCAGCAGGAAUGUGUAUGUGAGUCCAAAUACUGUGUGUGUGUGUGUUUUUGGUAAUGAAGGAACAUGUCACUCAGUGCAACAAUGUGCCUCAUUUAUGUGUUUUUAAUAGUUUUUUGACAACAAUGGAGCUCUGGUACCGAGGAAUAAGAUUAUCAGGCUUUAAAUACACAGACAACACUUGUUAGUGGAUCAGUUCAUUGUUUGUUUUGGUCUUUUUUUGUGGGAUUUGUUGAAAAUAAUGCAGAAUAUCCCCAGACUUGUACCUUUUUAAGGUCAGUGGUCCUUUCACUCCAUUAUAAUCUUGUAGAAUUUAAGCCUUUUUAUAGACGACAAGUCUUCAAAAGUUGUUGGUUUUGGUCUUUUUAUUGGAUUUGUUGACAAUAACCAGACUUCUCCUUUUAAAACAAACUACCUGCCACCAUUACGGUUAUUUACACUCCUUCCUGUGUGGCCGAUGGACGCCGUUACUCAACCCGAAUCACCGUUAAUAUAACAGAACAUUGGGUGACGUUGCGUUUCCUCCAAAACGUACCUGCUGAAGCUGAACAGGUGCACCUCGACUGAAUGUGUAGGAGGUGAGGUCACACGAUGACAUCACAGCUUUUAAGGUGGUGACUGACGAGAAUCAGAUCAAACUUUUGUUCCUGACAGUUAAUAAUAAAAACCUGUUUAUUUGAA